AUGGAUAUGAUUGAUAUAGAAAUACGUUUACAUUUACGUUAUGCUACGUUACUGAGAAGUAGACACGUAUACGGCGUAGCUAGGAGUGACUGGCGGGCAAUAAAGUUCACAAUCCACCCGCAGCCAAUAGGUCAUAUCGAGGACGUGUGCGUCGUGCAGACAUUUGGAAUUGACAGCAUAAUGCUGCUUCAAGUCAGCGGCGACAGCGCAGACUGCUGCAGUCCCCAUUUGAUCCGCAACGAU